GCGAGACGACCAUGAGGUCUGUUGGCCGCUUCUCAUAUAGCUCCGCCGAAAGUACCGACUUUUCACCGGUUGGCAAGGGAGGCGGAGCACGAGGUACGCAAUGGAUGGCAUGCGGUUGCCGACCCUCAGCGACUUGACUCUGCUCUCCAUUCCACGUCGUGCAUCUCGGGCCCCUUGUAGCGAGUACUUUGCGCCAUCGGCCAAGGGUUCCACCCCCCCUUCCCCACCCCCCUUUUCCUUCCCCCUCCUGGACCAUUCACCCAAUAAGGCGCAGAGGGGAAAAAAUUUUCGUGGCGAGAAGGACGACUAGAAGCUGAAAACGAGAAAUGGGCAGCAGUUCAUACGAUACGAUCCUGCUACAACAAUGACGAGCAGCCCUCUUGAUCAGAGCCAGCCAUCGACCGAUGAAAGCACCUUGAAGCGCCAUGUCAAGGCGAAAUUGCAUGCCUUAGACGGCCGAGAAAGAGCGGUGUUGCCACGCGAGGACGCAAGCAGGCGCAAAACGCCGUCGUUCAGCAGCUUUUCUGCCGACAGAGGCGGAGGAGAGGAGAUGCUGUCCAGCAAGCGCAGUGGUAGGCAAUUUGACGAAGCCCUAUCGUACGUUGGCGUCAUCGACGCCGAGGGAGAGAUCGGAGCCGUGCCAGUCCUGAGCCGCAGAUGCCGGCACCCCAGCCUGUCCAACUUGAGGUUCUCACUGCGCCGGGCGUUGAGCUCGAGUGACCUCAGGGCCAACGUGCCAUCGGCUGCGUCCACGUCGGCUCAUGAUAGUCGCAGAGGAAAGACAAGCAGUGGGCUGGUCAAGUCCGGUCGGGUAUGCGGCUACUCAGAGAGUGCUUCUUUGGGCUCCUCGGCAACGGUGUCUUCCUCUCCCUUGUGGAAGCCGUCGCCGUUGCCGUUGCCGUUGCCGUUGCCGUUGUCGUCGCAGAGCAACGCCAUUGGUCUCACUGCAUCGUGGCGAUUGUCAUCGGCAGCCGCGACAAGCUCCUCUCCGACAUACACGGAGAAAAGACUCACCCAGGCUGGCCGAAGCAAUGGCGCGAGACGACAGAAGAGAUUGUUUGUGAAAAGCACAAAGUUGGAGGAGGCCUUCCAUGAAGGAUCCGACGAGCAGCGGCAACAGCCGGACAAGCACAGGACGGAAGCCGACGUUCUUGCCUCGAAAGAGGCAAACACGCUCGCCGUGGCCCAGAGUGCAGCCGUCAAGCCUCUGAAGAGCGUAGAUGCGACCCGGUCAACGAUGUCGUUCACCCUCGACGGUGGCGCAAACACCAAGGCAACGAAUGCUGUUCCUGAAAAGAGGACGCUCAUCGUGCUCCCAAACGAUACUGACCAGGACUUGGGCAGCACCCACUACCACGCCAUGGACACUGGGCGAAGCCACCGAAGAGGUCGUAGUAUGACGACGACGGCGACGACAACAACAACAAUGAUGUCUUCGUCUGUCUCCUCGUCUUCUUCGUCCUCCAGUUCCAUAAUGGCCACAAGCGGAGCCAGGUCCAGCACAAGGCGGAGGGGCCACGUGGUCAAGUCGAUUGACAUGCGGGACAUGUAUGCGAGCAGGCAGCCGAGGCAGUCGCUUGGUGCGUCCGUCGGCGAGCUCCUUGGUCUCGAGAGAGGCCGUCGCACAAUUCUGCACCGCGGCACAGAGGAUGGCCCCGUCCUGCUUUCUUCGACGCCGACUCGAGGCAAAUCCGCUUUCAGCCUCGAGCGUACUCCAACGGUACGCAUGCAUUCGCAGGCCAUCAGGGCAGUGGGCAAUCACAGCAGCAGUCAUGCCCUUGCUUCCCCGUCGGCCGCCGGGCGAAGCUGGCGCACGUCGCUCGGCAAGGCAGACUUCUAUGGCCAACGUUGGCAAUUCUCCUUGCCGGCCACUUCUGAGCUACCCCAUCCCCCGACGGAUCCAACGAUGGUGACGAGUGCAGCCAUCGGCAUUACCGACGGCCAGCGCCACUUUCAAUGGGAGGGGUCCCAUCUCCUCAAGCUCACUGAAAAGGGCACGGGCACCCAUCGGACCCGAGCUCUCUUCAGGAGAGACGUCAAGGAGACCCGUGGCGCCGGUACACUGGAGUAUGACGCAGAUUUCCCUGAUGUCGAUGUGCUCGUCUUGAGCCUCCUGGUCGUCAUGGAUUGGAUCUGUACGACGGUGGGAGGCGGCGACGAAUGCCGCUGAGAAGAUCGUAGCCUCCCUCUCCUCGACAAAUAGAUUGCUUCUUUCAUUGAAUUUUCUACUACCACGUUACACCACUCUUAUCAUACCCCUUUCUUAUUAUAUCGCCGCUUUUGGCGUUCAUCGCCAACCGUGCGAAGGGCUGAAUGCCAUAUCCUUCAUCUCAACUACGG